CCCAGCAUCAAGUCACGGGCAUGCGCAGUGUUUCGCCCGAGGGGGGAAAGGGGCGGAGCGUCCGUUCCACCGCCUCACGGAGCAGCCGCCAUCUUGUUUCUCGCCCGCUUCGCGCUCGCUCCGUUCUUUGUCACCCCCCCUCCCCUCUCCCUUCAGCCGGACCGGAGCAGAGCGGUAGCGGGCCCCCUCCCGUCGGGGCCCCGGGCAGAGGAGGUGAAGGUCGCGGCGCUGGCUUGGCUGUUAUCACCAUGUCCACAGAUGGUGGCUUUGGCGCCGCUGGCAGUAGUGAUGCUCAGCAAAGCCUGCAGUCUUUCUGGCCUCGGGUCAUGGAGGAGAUUCGAAAUCUAACAGUGAAAGACUUCAGAGUGCAGGAACUCCCACUGGCUCGUAUUAAGAAGAUUAUGAAACUGGAUGAAGAUGUGAAGAUGAUUAGUGCUGAAGCUCCUGUGCUGUUUGCCAAGGCUGCACAAAUAUUCAUAACAGAAUUGACGCUACGGGCAUGGAUACACACUGAAGAUAAUAAGCGGAGGACUCUGCAGAGGAAUGAUAUUGCCAUGGCAAUUACAAAGUUUGAUCAAUUUGACUUCCUCAUCGAUAUUGUUCCAAGAGAUGAACUUAAACCUCCAAAACGUCAGGAAGAGGUGCGCCAGGCUGUGACUCCGGCUGAGCCUGUCCAGUACUAUUUCACGCUUGCUCAACAGCCUGCCGCAGUACAGGUACAGGGGCAACAGCAAGGACAACAGACCACCACAUCCACUACUACCAUCCAACCAGGACAGAUCAUCAUUGCUCAGCCUCAGCAAGGACAGAGCACCCCAGUGACGAUGCAGGUUGGUGAGGGUCAGCAGGUACAGAUCGUCCAGGCACAGCCACAAGGACAAACGCAGCAGGCUCAGAGUGGAACUGGGCAGACCAUGCAAGUCAUGCAGCAGAUAAUCACCAACACAGGAGAAAUCCAGCAAAUUCCGGUUCAACUGAAUGCUGGCCAGCUGCAGUAUAUCCGCUUAGCUCAGCCCGUAUCAGGCACCCAGGUAGUCCAGGGACAGAUCCAGACGCUUGCAGCCAACGCACAGCAGAUUACACAAACAGAAGUCCAGCAAGGACAGCAGCAGUUCAGCCAGUUCACAGAUGGACAGCAACUUUAUCAGAUUCAGCAAGUGACCAUGCCUGCAGGUCAGGACAUCACCCAGCCCAUGUUUAUUCAGUCCACCAAUCAGACUUCUGAUGGACAAGCUCCUCAGGUGGCAGGGGACUGAAUUAGCCCACUGUAGUGAGUAUUCUGUCAGCAUGGAAAUUGACACACACCAGCUUGACUUUUGCCAUUCCGACUGGCUCUGAUGAAGACGUCUCUCUCUGUGUAUCUGUACUUGAUAUGAAGCCUAUAGUAGGCUAUGAUCUCUGGUGCACUAUACACCGCCUCUGGUGGGUAUGAGCGAAUAUCCAGCAGAAACUGACAAGGAUGCAAUAUUUUUAUUUUUUUCAGAAAUCAAUAUGUCAACAUACUUAGCUGCUUGUUCAUCUCUAUAAAACUGAAAAUAAUUAAGCAAAAUUAAAUGGAUAGCAGCUUAUUAAAUGAUGUAGAACAUU